AUGCUGAAAUGGGCAAUUGAGCUGAAUGCAUUUGAUAUCUCAUAUGAGUCUCGAAAAGCUAUCAAGGGACAAGCAUUUUCCGAUUUCAUUGCAGAAAUGACAAGGCCAACUUUUGAAAAGAAUGUGGCGACUCGCUGGACAGUCUACGUGGAUGGCUCAUCAACCCAGAACGGGUGUGGAGCCGGCAUAAUAUGUCAAUCCCCUGAAGGAGACAAGUAUGAGUAUUCCAUGCGGUUCAAUUUUCAGACGUCCAACAAUGAGGCAGAAUAUGAAGCUUUAUUAGCCGGCAUAAAAAUGUGCAAAGCCGCUGGAGCCCAUGAGAUACUUGCCUUCUCCGACUCUCAGCUCAUUGUGAGUCAAGUAAAUGGGGACUAUGAGGCAAGGGACCCUAACAUGAUCAAAUAUAUGCAAGCUGUGCAUCAAGAAAUAGAACAUCUAAAGAGCUUCGAAGCUAAGCAGAUCCCCAGAAUAGAGAACAAUCAGGCUGAUGCCCUGUCAAAGCUAGCUAGCUCGGCUUCCUGUGAUACACCGCGUCACGUAUUUUGGGAAGUAAAGGAUAAGAGAAGUAUUGAGCAGGAAUUGUGCGCUCCUAUGAUAGCUAUUCUGGAUCGGUCCUCAACAUGGAUGGACCCUAUCAUUGCUUACAAAGUGGACGGUUCGCUACCGGACGACCCAAGUUUGGCUGCCAAAAUACAAAAGAAGAGUUCUUGGUUUGAAUGGUGGAAUGGUGUUUUGUACAAAAAGUCAUUUUCUAGACCUCUCCUGCGCUGCGUCACCCCUGAGAAAGGGAAAGAAGUUCUAGAUGAUUUGCACCAAGGAUUAUGUAGCUCCCACAUUGGAGGGCGAGCUUUGGCAGAAAAAGCCUUGCGAACUGGUUAUUACUGGCCCACGUUGAGAGAAGACGCCCUGGCCAUGGUGCAAAAAUGUGACAAGUGCCAACGAUUUGCUCAUCUCAUCCACCGGCCGGCCCACCCUCUCACUCCUAUCAUGAGUCCCAUUCCGUUUGCCAAGUGGGGAAUGAACUUGUUAGGGCCAUAUACAGCGGCCCCUGGAGGCCGGCGCUAUGUGAUAGUAGCUGUUGAUUACUUCACCAAGUGGGUUGAAGCAGAAGCUCUCAAAAACAUAAGAGCAAGUGAUUUUGAGACGCCUAAGCUGAAGGAGUGGUUAGCAGAUCACGGCAUACACAGCUGUUUUGCCUCAGUGGGACGACCUCAAGCCAAUGGCCAAGUCGAAGCGUUUAACAAGAUUAUCUCCGAGGGGAUAAAGAAGAAACUAGAUGAGGCCAAGGAAAUGUGUGAACCUACACUAAGAGUCAUGCUAUAUGACGAGAAUGCCAACUGGGAAAUGAUGAAGUUGGCCCUUGACUUUUUACCUGAAGUAAGAGGAAAUACAGCAUUGAGACAACAGUUGUACAAGAUAAGGAUGGCGAGGGAAUACAACAAGAAAGUCUCUAAAAGAGUGCUCAAGGUAGGAGACUUUGUUCUCCGAAAGAUGGAGUCUGUGGGACGAGCCAAUGAACAGGGUAAAUUGACCCCCACUUGGGAGGGACCCUAUGAGAUUUAUGACGAGGUCAGAGAUGGAACCUAUUGCAUUCAGGACAUGCAGGGCCGACCAAUUCUACGCACCUGGAAUGCAGACAAUCUUAAAAAAUACUUUUUCUAG